AUGGACUUUAUGCAUCAUGUCCAGGGGAUUUCUAUCCUCAACGAAGUAGGGGGCCGUGUGUUCGCCAAGUACUACAUCGAUUCGGAGAUGCAGACCGCUGGUGUGCUGGAUACAAAGGAGAAGCAGCGGGAGUUGGAGUUGGAGAUCCACGCCGCGGCUCGAGAUUCGAAGCGAAGUGGCAGCAUCUCUGUGGAUGGUGACAUCAUGAUUCAUGGAGGUCACACUGUCCUGCUGCAGGUGUGUGACGACAUCACAUUUAUUGUGAUCGGCGAUGGCGGUGAGAACGAGUUAGUGCUUCACAGCGUGCUGCGGGGUCUUGUGGACGCGUUACGCCAAGAGCUGAAGGUGUUGGACCUCAAUCUGCGGUCGCUGCUGGAGAAGUACGAUGCGGUUGUGCUAACCGUGGAUGAGCUGGUGGACGAGGGGAUCAUACUCGAGACGAAUCCAGCCGGCAUCUGCCAGGACGUCGCCCCGUUCAUUGCGGAAUCCGGGGGAGAGACGGCCCGCAAGGCGCUGGACAAAGUGAACAAGUACCUCAAGGAGAAUCUGUAG